CCCAGAGACCGCCUCCUGCCGAGCCCGAGCAGACAGCCCAGUCUGGUGCUGAGAGAGCCAUGACUGCGCUACGGGGGCUCUGGCCCGAGAUGCAGGAUACCUGCACCUCGCUGGGGCUGAUGUUGUCGAUCGUGCUGUUCAUGGGGCUAGCCCGCGUGGUCACCCGGCAGCAGCUGAACGGGCCCAUGGCCCACGCCUUCGUCUUGGAGUUUCUGGCCACCUUCCAGCUCUGCUUCUGCACUCAUGAGUUACAACUGCUGAGUGAGCAGGAACCCCUGCACCCCACCUGGCCGCUGAUGCUAAUCUACUUCUUCUCAUUGGUGCAUGGCCUGACUCUGGUGGGCACCUCCAGCAACCCGUGCGGCGUGAUGAUGCAGAUGAUGCUGGGGGGAAUGUCCGCUGAGACGGGUGCGAUUAGACUGUUAGCUCAGCUGAUUGGUGCCCUGUGCAGCAGGUACUGCAUGGGCGCCCUGUGGAGCCUGGGGCUGACCAAGUACCACGUCAGCGAGAGGAGCUUCGCUUGCAGGAAUCCCAUUCAAGUGGACUUGCCCAAAGCGGUCAUCAUAGAGGCUGUCUGCUCCUUUAUUUUCCACAGCGCUUUGCUGCCCUUCCAGGAGGUCCGAACCAAGCUUCGUAUCCACCUGCUGUCAGCACUCAUCACCUUUUUGGUUUAUGCAGGAGGAAGUCUAACAGGAGCUAUAUUUAAUCCAACUUUGGCACUUUCACUGCAUUUCAAGUGUUUUGAUGAAGCAUUCCUUCAGUUUUUUAUAGUAUAUUGGCUGUCUCCUUCUUUAGGUAUAUUGCUGAUGAUUUUGAUGUUCAAUUUUUUCCUUCCAUGGCUGUAUGACAACCACACAACUAAUAAAAAGGAGUGACUAUUC